AUGCCACAGAAGAAGCUCGUCGUUGACUCCAAACAAGCGCGUCGUCAAUUUGCCCAAUGCCAACAAUGUCAUAAAGCCAGGGAUGAAGCUGACAAGCUUUUCACUUGUACCGGCUGCAAGUGCCAAAAGUGCCAACGGGAACACUGGCCGGUACAUAAACGUGGAUGCCACAUCAACCGCGCGCAGCGCUCUCAUUUGGAGAACCUUGACAACCAGGUCAUCUCUCGGGUGCUGGCUUCCACGAGCGGAGACUCCGAUGUUGCUAGCAUCAUCUCUGUGCAUCCUUUGCCUAGUGCUUUGAAGCAGGAGCUGCAUGGGUUCACUGCUAAUUUCAGGCCUCUUCUAUUCCAAGCCGCAUACAAUGCGAUCCAGGUUGCGAGAUAUUCCAUGGGUUGGACUCAGAUGACAUUAGGCGUGUUUCUGGAACGCAUGCCUAAUUGCCCACCUGACUCUCGCCCGUGGUCUCGCUUCCGCGUGACCACAGCUGAACCCGUUCCCGUAUUAGCGCUAGUGAUGAUGCACGGCAUGGAGAACUUUGAGGACGUGCUACGACAGAAGGAAGCCCAGGAACGCAUUGACCAAGCAAAUGGCCAUCUUGGUACUCUCACGAUCGUAAUAACCUGUCGCUGUGUGGGCCCAACCCCACCCUUGGUCAUGCAUAACUUGACGUGGACCGCAUUUGGGUCUCAUUCAAGAGAUGAGUUAGAGAUCUCGGAUAAUUGGAGAGAGACGCUCAUAGACACUGUGGAGAGGAUGUGCGAACGUACACCAGGAGCGACAUUGGACCUCGUCGAUGAAGCGUCAGGACCACCGUCUCAAUGA